CAGCUGCAGUACAGCGCUCUCUUCUGACAGUAAGAUGGCGGCUGUCAGGAUGUGGUCGGCUGUGUUGUCGUUUUUCCUUCUCAACAUUUUUUACGGCCUCGUCACGUCCUUGUACUUCCACAUCGGAGAAACGGAGAAGAAAUGUUUCGUAGAAGAAAUCCCUGAUGAGACGAUGAUCAUCGGUAACUAUCGGACUCAGCUGUACGACAAACACAAAGAGGAAUUUCUGCCGGCCACUCAGGGUCUGGGCAUGUUUGUGGAAGUCAAAGACCCAGAUGAAAAGAUGAUCCUGUCUCGACAGUACGGCUCCGAGGGAAGGUUCACCUUCACGUCUCACACCCCCGGAGAACAUCAGAUCUGCCUGCACUCCAACUCGUCAAAGUUCUCCCUCUUCGCCGGAGGCAUGCUGAGGGUCCACCUGGACAUCCAGGUGGGCGAGCACGCCAACAACUACGCCGAGAUCGCCGCUAAAGACAAGCUGUCGGAACUGCAAGUGCGAGUAAGGCAGCUGGUGGAGCAGGUGGACCAGAUCCAGAAGGAGCAGAACUACCAGAGGUACCGGGAGGAGCGCUUCCGCCAGACCAGCGAAAGCACCAACCAGCGUGUCCUGUGGUGGUCCAUCGUGCAAACCCUCAUCUUGGUGGCCAUCGGCAUCUGGCAGAUGAGACACCUCAAGAGCUUCUUUGAAGCCAAGAAGCUGGUCUAAACACUCGCUCGCGCAUGCAUGUGUGCGCAUGUGUUCCAAGUCUAUGAAGAGAUGCAGUAUGGAGCGGAAAUGCGAUGGACAAAAGUUACUUGAGACCAUUACUAAUAUUUAUGAUUUCCGUUUGGAUGGAAAUAUUUGGAUCAUCCAGUGAAAUGUGAAGCAGACCCAUGGCGUUGUGUGUUGAUGGAUGAUUAUUUCAAAAGUCUCCACAGACGGCUGGAUGACAUGUCCGUUGCAUUCAUCAUGACGAGUCGUGUGUGUGUGUGUGUGUGUGUGUGUGUGUGUGUGUGUGUGUGUGCACGCGUGUGUGUGUGUAUGUGUGUGUGUGUGAGAGAGAGAGAGACACGCCGUCAUGUGUUUACCGCACAUGAACUUGUCAAUUUCAGUUUAGUGGUUUGAAUCACCCCCGAAAAUAAGAUUUGUUUAUAAAGUUUUGACAGCUGAAAAGUGAAAACGAACGAGUUACUGCAUCCAGUGUUAAUGUUCACUUUUUGCAGAUUUUAAUGUGCUCAACAUUUAAUCUAUGCAGGAGGUUGAAUUCAUCAGUAGUGUGACACUGUCGUUUUGUUUUUUUCCUGGAUGUUUGAGUCAACAUUUGAUUUUAGAAAAUACUGAAGAGCAUUUUCGUUGUCUUGAAAAAAAAAAAAGGGCUGGACAUUUUUUCAAUACAACACCAAGAUUUAGCUCAAUUUGCUCUUUAACAGAAAGCAAAUUUUUAAUGCUUUUCUUUUCAUUGCAAUUUGAUACUAAAUGUAAUGAUAUAAAAGAUGUUGAAAUAAAAGUAUUUCACCCAUUA